CUCAAAAAAAAAAAACACCCAACCAUCGAUCCAGAUCCCUUCCACCUCCUCUCUUCUCCCGAUUCACCCCUCGUCUCCCUCCCAUCCCACGCCGCCGCCGCCGCCCACCACCACCCCGGCGACCUCCCCACCGGCGAUCCCCAGCCUCUCCCUCUCCUUCUCCCCUGCAUCCGUCGCCCGCACCUUCCCUCCCAGUCCCAGAUCAACCCGCGGGUGAGCCGGCGGCCAGGACACACGCGAAGCGACGGAGGUCGCCUGCGUCUCCCCAGUCGCCCUGCCACUGCUUCCUUCCUUUUCUCUGCGGCAGGAGAAGAAAACCUUGUCGGGGUGCCCAAGCCAUGGAGCACCAUCGUCAAGUGCAGGAGAAGAAAACCCUAGACCGACCCGAGGAUUCGUCCGACAACCACCUGAGGAGGAAGCAAGCCAUGGACGGACCUCCCUUUCCUUGAAUGCUGCGCCCUCCCACCCAUCUUCCUGCAGCUGCAGGUUUUUUGUUUUCGUCACUCCUUUGUUAUAUGGAAGAAGACUUCAUGGGUUCUGGUGGCGAUGCCGACGGUCGUCGAGAGGUUCGUGGACUGGACGGUGUCAUGGCUACCGAUGUACGGAGAGGCGAAGCUGCUGCUCGUCAUCUACCUCUGGCACCCCUCAGCACACGGGGUGCGGGGCACAUGUACGAUGGCUUCCUCCAUCCGCAGGUGGCGUGGCAUGAGGCCGACAUCGACCGGGGCCUGCUUGAGCUGAGGGCGAGGGCGAGGGACGUGACGGCGGCACAACUCAAGGCAGCGGCUGCCAUCGGUCAAGUGUGGCUCGUCGAGGCUGCCCGCUGUGCUUCGUCAUAGCUGUAGGCCGCGAGAUCAGGCCGGGAAGGUGCCAUGCAUUGACGAGUGAGCCAAUUUUUGGAUCGGACCAUGACAACAUGUCUCAGUCUCUGACGUCUAGAAGUAGUGGUAAAGUUUUGAAUUUGCAUGGCAAAAACCACUUACGUAGGUAGCUGACACGCACAUCAUUGUGUUUACACUUACUUAUGUAAAAGAUAUGAAUUAUACACAAGUUGCCUCUACAAUGAGGAACUGUGAUAGUAAGAUACGGCAAUUGUGUGAUA